GGCUGCCAUUCUUGCUGAACUUCUCGGUUCGGGAAGAGCUUCUGAUAAGCUGCUGCAAAUGUAUGUCCCUUUCAUGGUCUUUGCCCUCUGCGCAAUUUUGCGCGGACUCCUCCCUCGCCCUGGACGAGCUGUUGCUGCUGCAUCACAUGCUCCUUCUGCACGGAAAAAGAGGGCCUAGGAGAAAAGUGCUUUCCGCCGAAGCACUCUUUGCUAGAUAUAUUUUCAGGUGCAGCAGUAGUUUAAUGUUGCUGACAAUUUCAAUAUGCCAGGUUUUCUUUUCGGUUUUUAUUUAUUUGAGAGAAUCAAAGAUAAUUUUGACCACUUCCAACUUAGAUUUGCUUUGCAAUUUCGUCAUCUAGUGCUAAAUUAGAACCAAUUGAGUGCUUGAUUUGGAUUAAUUAUGACAUUUAUGAUGCUAUUUUUGAGAAAUCCAUUGUUCUAA